CUAUCAUCGAGGAGCGUGUAUAAUCCCGCGGCCGUUUCCAUUCUCUCUCUCUCUCUCUCUCUGUCCUAAGCUCCAACAAUGGAGUCACCAGAAGAACAGCAAACUCUAAUCCACGAAGUAAGAAACAAGAGAGUAAUCUCCCAAAAAGAAGAACAACCCACAACAACAAGAAUCGCCAGAUACCUCAAACCCAUCGCAGACAACUCGAACCCACCCGUUCCAAUCCCGACCAGUACCCCUCUGUUAUCCGAAAUCUUCCCCCACGACAUCCUAGACUGGCCCACCAAAGUCAUUUUCAAAGGCUGGAACUCCCCGCAGCGGAAAUGGCAGCAAUGGGUCGAGUCCUUGGCCGAGAAACACGGCUCCGUUUGGAACCAGACGGGGAUACUCGACGCGAUAACGGGGUCCGUUUAUGAGGUGCAGUUUAACUCGGACUUGUUGCUGGGUUUGGCCGAGUUCUGGUGCCCCGAGACCAACACGUUUGUUUUCCCGUGGGGCGAAGCGGGUUUGACGCUGGAAGACGUGGCGAUUCUUGGCGGGCUUCCGGUGGUCGGGGAGGGGAUAGGGGUUUCCGUGUCGGAGGGAUUAGUGGGAAUUGUGGAGGAGAUGGAGAGACAGAGAGAGAAAAUUCUUAAAAGCAGGGCAAAGAAAGCUGCACACUCUAAAUGGAUCAAGCGGUUUAUGGAGGAAGAAGGAGGAAGUGAGUUUGAGCAUGCAGGGUUUCUGUCCCUCUGGUUAUCAAGGUAUGUAUUCCCUUCUGUUACUGGAGAAGUCAUUGGAAGACAUGUUUUCCCAAUUGCAGCAGCUCUGUCUAAAGGAAGACCAAUGGCACUAGCCCCUGCAGUUCUAGGGAAUCUUUACAAGGACUUGAGAGAGUUGAAGGAAAAGGCCAUGGAUUCUGCUACCAUUUGCGUUUCAGCACCAUUUCAGUUACUUCAGCUUUGGGCGUUUGAGCAUUUCCCUCUUAUUAGUCCUACCCCUAUUUCACUCCAUCCUGGGGAGCCUAGAAUCGCGCGGUGGAACAAAUUAAACUUGGAAACCAACCUACCCCUCGUUCGAUCGGCUCUCCAGCUUGCCGAGAAUUUUAAAUGGCGCCCCUAUGCGGCUGAUUUGGAGAACUGGCGCCACCCCUCUUAUUACAAAGAGACCGAACAACCGUUGUGCUAUAGUUCAAAUUUGGAUGUGGAGUUGAGAUCUUUCUUCCAAUGCUUAAAAGCUUCUGAGCUUGUUUCAGUUGAUGGUUGUAAAGAGAAGUAUUUGCCAAACCGCGUGGCAAUGCAGUUUGGGAUGGAUCAAGAUAUUCCUUCUGAUGUGUCCGGUUUGAAUUUUACCGGUGAAAAUGUCAGGUUCUUUGUUCCACCGAAGUCGUUUGAGCCUGGUGUUUCGGGGAGAUAUAUGAAGUGGUGGAAAGAUAUGAUGGUGAAUCGCAAAGCUGUGAUGGAAAGGAGAAUUGAACUGAUGUCUACAUUUUCAAUGUGUUUUAAGGAGGGUGGGAAUGGAGAGGGUUUUCAUGGAUCAAGUGUGUCAAAAAGUCCAAUUGCAUCAGUUGAGGCCAGAAAGAGUAAUGUAUCGAUGGUGUCAAAAAUUCUAGAGGGUCUUGGAAAACUUUCUCGAGUUUCGACAAAAUUGGACAUGAAUAAGAAGGGUGAGUCCGAUUCUUCUGACAUUCUUUCAGGAACCGAGGACCAGAUAUGUUCUGAUUCAAGCGAUGACGACUAUGUUCCAAUCGCAACACAUUACAAGAAGAAUGGUGAAGGAAGCCCAGCUAUGGAUUCCAAAGUGUCAUCAUCUGGUCAUGCGAAAAAGAGUAAGGUGUCAAUUGGAUCACACACUCCAAAGAGUUGUGGGAGACUAAAAUCAUCUCCAGUUUCAACAAAACUGAACUUAAAACAGAACCAUGACGCCAAAUCUCUUGAAAUUCCUUCUGGAAGAAAGGAGCAGAUAGCUUGUGACUCAAGCGAUGAUGAUAAUGUUCCAAUUGCAACACGUUUCAAUCUUCAUCACGAUGUUCCAAAAACUCCCGAUAGUUUGCAUCAAGAGUUCUCAUGCAACCAAUCCCAGAAUGUUGUUUCUUCAUCAACUCCAAAAACUCCCAGUGAAAAUAACAGAAAAGGAAAGUUGCAUGCCACACCAGAAGGGAUUUCACAAGAGGAAGUGACCAAGAAACCAACCAAGGGUGUUGCCAAAGAAGUGAAAUUACAGGUUGGAGAAGUUGUUUGUUCUGUCAAUGAACCAAUUGAAAUCGAUGAGCUAGCGGGGGUGGUGAAACGUCAGAAAAAGGGCAGAGAAAGGGCUAAAGGUGUAGCGGAAGGGGAAACGAGAAGGAGGGCUGGGGAGUCUUCAGGUAAUCCUAUCGAUCUUGACAAUUAGAUAUUGACGCCUGU